UUUGAUGCUACACGGUCAACCUUUCUGGAUGCGUGUACAGCAGAAAUGAGUUGUCAUUUUCUGUACAGUACUCCACAACUGUAAACAUACUGCAAACGUACUGCACUGUUCCACAUGGGGAAAAUGUUGGCUCAGUCGGCUUCGUUUUUAAACCGUUUUUAAACCAUUAGUUUGCUGGUAAGGAGAAUACCCCCCAAAGUAUCAAGGACGUACAACACCCUGACCUCUUCUCUUUAACCCUUGAUUGUAUGAAUUGACCCCAUAAAGAAAUCACCUCCUAGGACUGGUUUUCAACUUAAGAUGCAGCUGAGGCUGUACUGUAUAUAAGAUGUUGUACAUUUUCACCUCCUUUUCUCUCUUUCUCUCCCUCUCUUUCACACACUCUCUUGCUUCUUAUCCCUUUUUAUCUAUCAAGAAUGAGAGCGGACACUCAAGUUGGGUUAUUGCAUCAAAAUGCCUAGGUAUAUUAACUGAACCAUCUUUUGGCCUCCACGAUUUCUCCAUAGUGCAGCAAACAACUGAAAUAUUUUAAUUUCAUCUCCUGGUACAACAAAAUAACUCUAGAUGAAGAAACACAGUUGAGAGAUUUUUUUCUCCAGUGAUAUGAAUUCUGCAUAUUUGUAUUUCAGACUAUGUAGCUUAAUGUAAAUUCCUUGUUUUGUUUUUUUUGUUUUUUUUCCCCCCUUUUUGGCUCAAUGAAUAUCAUUUAUUCACUAUGAAAUCUUUAUACUAUAUGUUCCACGUGGUAAGAAUAAAUGUACAUUAAAUCUUGGUAAGAUGUUUGUGAUUAUUUUCAUAUAGAUGAUUAAAAAACAAACAAACAAAAAAUCCUAGAAUUCUCUUCAUAGAAUUCUCUAAUUAUGAAUGGAAGCUUAAAUCAGAAUGUUUACAAUUUUUAAUGCAUUUUAAUUUGCAUGUUAAAAAUUUACUCAAUUUGUAAGAUUUAAUAUUACUCUUACACUAGUGCUCAAUGAUAUUUGUCCUCUAAAAAGAUGUUUAUCGGUUGAAAAGGCAAUGAAAAUAUUGAUUCAAAUAUAUUGGUCUCCUGAGACAACGAAGCUAAAGCAAAACAGAAAUAUUUUCUGCAUUUAUAAAAUCGAAAUAAUUGAUUACCUAACUGUUUUAAAUGGUGUUGGCUGUCCAGGCCACAUAGGUAUAUAGAAGUAAUAGAAUAUAAUUUAUUUCUUUAAGUAGGCUUACGUUUCGUAAUACCGGUUAAGAUAUUGGGACUUUUAUUUUGACAUUUGUAAGACUGUAUGCCGGAAGUGCAUGUUGUUAGCUCUGUCGUUCCAUUCAGUAGCUUUAUGCGAUGAAUUGGGGAAAACGUGAAUAUAAUUUACAUUGUUUUAUUAUUCGUGUGCGGACGCCGGUCUUUGCAGUUGUUACAAACCUCAAGCAUAUUGCCCUUUCGCGGCUUCUUUUAUUUAUUUUUUUAAUGAUGUCUCCCCUAUCUUAUCUGCUAAUGUACUGGGAUUAAUAAUGAUUGCUAUUUUCUACAAAGGGAAAUUUUCUACUGUUAUUUUCGUUCAUGAAAGUUUGUGUUAAAUAUGUCGCCUUCAAACACUUGUGUAAAUGAAGACGUGUGGACAGUUGUACGGUUUGCGACGUUCACGCGACUGCUUUCCCUUUUUUUACAGGCUGUGCUGAAUGCAGUGAUUCCCGACCACGUGGCAGAUGCCUUCAGCCCUCCACGAUCAGAGACCCAUCUCCUGCUCGACCCUGUCAUCGAAGCAUUAUUUGGUGGCCUUAGUCACUGGGAUGCAGAGCAUUUCCUCUUCAUUGCAGAAUGUGGUUACUUGUAUGAACACAACUUUGCAUUCUUUCCAUUGUUUCCUCUCAUCCUGCGAUUGAUGGCAGCCACUGUCCUGUGGCCCUUGUGUGGAUUUCUCACAUUGCAUGGCCGUUUACUUUUAGCUGUGGCUUUAGGAAACAGCAUUGUCUUUGUCCUAAGUGCUGUGGCACUAUACAGACUGAGUCGUUUGGUGCUGCAAGAUAGAAAACUCGCCCUUGUUGCAGUCUUAAUGUACUGUCUGACACCAGCUAAUGUUUUUAUGAUUGCAGGUUAUUCAGAGACUCUCUUUGCAGCACUUUCCUUUGCAGGCCUCUGGCUGCUAGAGACAAGAUUCACACUUGGAGCUUGUCUUCUGCUUGGGUUUGCUACCUGUGCUCGUGCCAAUGGACUUGUGAAUGCUGGAUUUUUGCUGUACCUCAGUUUACAAUGGGGUCUUGCCCAUGCACGGGCUCUUAGCAGAGGAGCAGGGGGCUUUCAGUAUCGUCACUAUGUCUGGGAACUUAUUCGUUUUGUUCUCACAGGAGCAUUUUAUGCAGCUCUCGUAGCAAUACCUUUUUGUUUGUUUCAGUAUUAUGGCUACCAAACAUUUUGUCAUCCGACUGCUACUCAAGUUCCUCCUGUGCUGCUUAAUCUGGCCCGGGACAAAGGAUACCGUGUGGCUGAUGCAGCAUCUCCAACACCAAGAUGGUGCCAAUGGCGAAUUCCAGUUUUGUACUCAUACAUACAGGAUGUUUAUUGGGAUGUGGGCUUCCUGCGAUACUUUCGGUGGAAGCAGAUACCGAAUUUUAUCUUGGCGCUGCCUGUUGCAACUCUGGGAUUCGUGGCCUCAUAUAUGUACGUAAUUGCCAACCCAGUGUUUUGUGUGUAUUUGGGGUUGGGAGACCGAGAAAAAGACAGAAAAAUUCAUGGUUUCUAUAACCCAAGAGUGUUUGUUUACAUUGUACACAGUUCUGUCCUGCUUCUAUUUGGGAUAUUCUGCAUGCAUGUGCAGGUGUUGACACGCUUUCAUGCUUCCUCCUCGCCUGUUCUCUACUGGAUUAGUGCCCACCUGCUUUUUCGGUAUGAACCUCUGCUGCAAGAUGAAAAGAUGUUCAGAUCAGACCGAAUAAAGCAGCAAAAGGAUCACAAACCUGGCUUUGGUUUUAUGGGCAUGUGGAGAAAUAAUGAAGUUGUUUACCUCUUGAUGCACUGGCAGACAUGCUCCAUUUAUACACGAUGCAUACUGGGGUAUUUCAUAUCAUAUUGGUUAUUAGGUCUAGCUCUGCACUGUAACUUCCUUCCAUGGACUUGAUAAAUUUUGUUUCAGUUUUCGAAACAUUCCUGUGGCAUAACAUUAUGCUGUUUUACAAAUACUGAUGUAUUAACAUAUUUGUUAUUAUAAGAUGGUUUCUGGUAUAGUUUUGUAUAAUUAGUAUUGAAUAAAUAUAAUUAUU